UGAACAAAACCCUCGACAUCAGCUCUUCCUCUAAGACAAAAUGACGACGAUGAAGGCGUCUAUGAAGGGCAGCUACGGCACCGAAAAGGGCGCGGCCGCGGCAAACGUCGCCUUUUUCGCCAGUGACGUCAAGCUCCGCGCUUCUCUCACCGACGCCACCGUCUUCGGCGGCCACAGCCUCAACGGCUUGGUUCUCGCCGUCGAAAAACCCGGCGUCUUCAUCGUCGACUACAACGUCCCCAAAAAGGACUUUAGGUUUCAGUUCAUGAACACGGUUAGGGUUGUAGAUAAGCCCUUGAAUCUGACUUACAUACACAGCAAAGGCGACAACCGGACUAUUCUGGACGGGACUCUGGUGCUUAAUACGGCCAACAAGGUCUCCGCGAAUCACGUGCUCGGCACGGGGAACGGGAAGUUGAAGUACAGCUAUGUGCACGGUGGGGUGACCACGUUCGAGCCCAGCUAUGACUUGGCUAAGAACUCGUGGGACUUUGCGGUUUCGAGGAGGGUUUAUGGUGAUGAUGUGUUCAGGGCGAGCUACCAGACUUCGAGCAAGCAUUUGGGGCUUGAAUGGAGCAGGAAUUCCAAAAUGAACGGCUCUUUCAAGGUGUCAGCAUCUUACAACUUAGCCGAGGAGGAUCGCAAUCAACGGAUGUUGCCAAAGUUAACAGCUGAGAGUACUUGGGAUUUUGAGAUGUGAUUGCUUAUAGUAAUAUGAUGAUUUGUUCCAUUUGCGGUUUAAAAUUUCCUGUAGUGCGUUGGACAGCUUAUAUCGGCUGCUGUUGGCUUUGAAACAUCUCGUUGCUGUUAUAGUGUCCCCAUUAGUGACUAGUGAGCAUUUACAAUUGGCAGCUUGGCAUCAUUGUUACUCG